AUGGCAGUUGCACUCGCGUGCCAUUGUUAUUUGAAGGUUUGGGCAGUUAGAUGGGACAAGUACCCUGGUGAGUUCCUUGCCAUGCCGUCAGAAGGUGUCAAGGAUCCUACCUCACAGUCUGGGGACCCCGCAAACUGA